GCGGCUUUGCGCACGCGCACAGGCUCCGCGCUGGGCUCGCCAGCCGGGCAGGCGCACGAGGGACACCUGCGAACCUGGAGGUGGCGGAGGCUGCGAACCCGGCGGCGCGGCCAAACCUGCGUUGGCUGCCUGGGCCUCCUGGGCCAGGAGCUGGCGCUGGGGGCGGCGGCGGUGUGGGAAAGUGGCGCCGCAGUGGGGCCUCCUGGACGUGUUGGCGGAGGUGGCUUCAGUCCCGCGGAGCCCAGGCUUCAGAUCUUCCAGCUCAUCCUUUCAUAUUAGUCAUGAGGAAUCUCAGUCCCGCAGAGCUAGGAAAGAGCAUAGGUCCCCUCAUCCCCAGGGAUGGUCAGCACGUUCCUUCCUGAGCCUUGGGCCCCUGCGAGAAGAAGAGGAGAGUGGAGAUCUUCAGCAGAAAGGAAGACAUGGUGCUGGUGGCUGGACCCUCCGUGGCCAUGAGAGCAGACCUUGAGCUGUGGAUGUGAGGAGAAGGAGCCCCGGACUGAGAGCCAAUAUGCUGCCAUUUUAAUCCUGGCUGCCUGUGAGAGCUCACACUGCCUCUCAAGAUCUCUUUUAUGAAAUAAAGAGUUGGAAGAAAUCAUUUCUAAGGGUUCUUGUAGCUCUAAAGGCUUUCACCAGUUCUCGGGAUGCCCAUAGGGAUGGGUGAAGCCCGCCUGGCCUGUGGUGCUUCCCAGUGGCCGUCAUCUCACUAGGGCCCCACAGUGGCAUUAGGAUGCACCUCUCUGCGGUGUUCAACGCCCUCCUGGUGUCGGUGCUGGCGGCGGUCCUGUGGAAGCAUGUGCGACUGCGUGAGCAUGCAGCUACACUGGAGGAGGAGCUGGCCCUCGGCCGACAGGCCACAGAGCCAGCCCCAGCACUGAGGAUCGACUACCCGAAGGCACUGCAGAUCCUGAUGGAGGGUGGCACACACAUGGUGUGCACAGGCCGCACACACACAGACCGCAUCUGCCGCUUCAAGUGGCUCUGCUACUCCAACGAGGCCGAGGAGUUCAUCUUCUUCCAUGGCAACACCUCUGUCAUGCUACCCAACCUGGGUUCCCGGCGCUUCCAGCCAGCCCUGCUCGACCUGUCCACCGUGGAGGACCACAACACCCAGUACUUCAACUUCGUGGAGCUGCCUGCUGCUGCCCUGCGCUUCAUGCCCAAGCCGGUGUUCGUGCCAGAUGUGGCCCUCAUCGCCAACCGCUUCAACCCCGACAACCUCAUGCAUGUCUUUCACGACGACCUGCUGCCACUCUUCUACACCCUGCGGCAGUUUCCCGGCCUGGCCCACGAGGCACGGCUCUUCUUCAUGGAGGGCUGGGGCGAGGGUGCACACUUCGACCUCUACAAGCUGCUCAGCCCCAAGCAGCCUCUCCUGCGGGCACAGCUGAAGACGCUGGGCCGGCUGCUGUGCUUCUCCCAUGCUUUUGUGGGCCUCUCCAAGAUCACUACCUGGUACCAGUAUGGCUUUGUCCAGCCCCAGGGCCCGAAAGCCAACAUCCUGGUCUCGGGCAAUGAGAUCCGGCAGUUUGCACGGUUCAUGACGGAAAAGCUGAACGUAAGCCACACAGGAGCCCCUCUAGGCGAGGAGUACAUUCUGGUCUUUAGCCGAACCCAGAACAGACUCAUCCUGAAUGAGGCAGAGCUGCUGCUGGCACUGGCCCAGGAGUUCCAGAUGAAGACAGUGACAGUGUCCCUGGAGGACCACGCCUUUGCUGAUGUCGUGCGACUGGUCAGCAACGCCUCCAUGCUGGUCAGCAUGCAUGGGGCCCAGCUGGUCACCACCCUCUUCCUGCCCCGUGGGGCAACUGUGGUAGAGCUCUUCCCAUAUGCUGUCAAUCCCGACCACUACACUCCCUAUAAGACGCUGGCCAUGCUGCCUGGCAUGGACCUCCAGUAUGUAGCCUGGAGGAACAUGAUGCCAGAGAACACAGUCACACACCCUGAGCGGCCCUGGGACCAGGGGGGCAUCACCCAUCUGGACCGGGCUGAGCAAGCCCGUAUCCUGCAAAGCCGUGAGGUCCCACGGCAUCUCUGUUGCCGGAACCCUGAGUGGCUCUUCCGAAUCUACCAGGACACCAAGGUGGACAUCCCAUCCCUCAUUCAAACCAUACGGCGCGUGGUGAAGGGCCGGCCAGGACCACGGAAGCAGAAGUGGACAGUCGGCCUAUAUCCAGGCAAGGUGCGGGAAGCACAGUGCCAGGCGUCAGUGCAUGGCGCCUCCGAGGCCCGCCUCACUGUCUCCUGGCAGAUCCCAUGGAACCUUAAGUACCUGAAGGUGAGGGAGGUGAAGUAUGAGGUGUGGCUGCAGGAGCAGGGGGAGAACACCUAUGUGCCUUACAUCCUGGCCCUGCAGAACCACACCUUCACUGAGAACAUCAAGCCCUUCACCACCUACCUGGUGUGGGUCCGCUGCAUCUUCAACAAGAUCCUCCUGGGACCCUUUGCAGAUGUGCUGGUGUGCAGCACGUAGCGAGCGGGCCACAGCCCGGCCUCGGGAGGGUGGCUUCUGCAGUUCAGCAUCCCUGGGCCCGUUAAUCCCACUGUGGAGACUUCUGGGAACUGUCUAUUUAUUGAGCAGACCUGCCCCAGGCCUGUGCCUCCACGUCAUCUUGUUGCCCCGGGGGUGUGGUGUCACAGCACUCCUCUUUGUCCUAGAGAUAUGGGAGCCGACUUCCCCUUCUCCCAUCCUGAACAUUUGUACCCCUGGAGAAGUUCCUUAGCAGGGCGGAGGAAGAGGAGAGGAGGAAGGAAAGAAAGAAUCACAAGGAACCUCUGGCUACGUGAUCCUGAUGUUUCCUACUGAGUUUUUCUGGUAUCCAGAUUUCUGGAAACCGAGUAAUCAUGUACUGUUUGAUUGGGUGGUUCAUCUGCUUCCAUCCCAGUGAAAUUUACCUGUAGCCCAGUUAAGGGUGUGUUUGGAACAGUCAUUAAAUGAUUCUAAGCAUCUUG